GCACCAUGAAAAUGGUCUUAAACAAGCUGAACUCCAAACCUCCUGCUUGCCCCGCUCUGACCUAGCUCCAAACCAGCAUGAGUGUGAUCAAACAGAUGUGACGGCCGCGACCUGGAGAUCGACUCGCCGCCAGUCUGUCCGCCUUUCUGCCUGUUGUGAAAGUAAAAGCUAUAAAAGGUCAUCGACUAUUUGUCUUUAUCAGCAACCUCGCUCCUAGGUCGAGUCGUGCAGCACAAGAAGCUUGACCAACCACCAAGACGUCAGGUACCCCGCGAUUGCGCCCCUGCCCCCUGUUCAAGCUCCCCCCUUUUGUACUACCUGCAGCAUCAUCCCUACCCCGCAGUUCCCAAACGCGGACAACCACCACCACGACGAGUAACUACAAUCUUCAAACCACCAACCCUUCCAAUCCCAACGUCCCAAUCCUCCUUUCUGUACUCCAAUAUCCUCUCUCUUCACCUUAUCCCAAGCAUCACCGAAACCUCUCCGCCAGCAUCUCAACCCCAGCCUUCCAAAAUGGUCGAACGCCCCAACAAACCCUCCUCCCUCGUCGCAACCCCCGGCCUCCCACCCCAACCAACAGUCAACUUCUCCGACGACAACUCCCUCGUCACCGCCACCCUUCCCACCGGCGAGUCCAUCACCGUCCUCCUCUACGGCGCCACCGUCAUCUCCUGGAAGGACUCCUCCUCGACAGAAAAGCUCUGGCUCUCCUCAGCCGCCAAGCUUGACGGCACCAAGCCCGUCCGAGGCGGCAUCCCCCUCGUCUUCCCCGUCUUCGGGCCCCCUCCCGCCGAUCACGCUCAGACCUCCUCCCUCCCGCAGCACGGCUUCGCCCGGACGUCCAGGUGGGAAUUCCUCGGCAAAUCCACCAGCGAGAGCUCGGGCGAUCAGCAAACGGGGGACCUGUCCGUCAAGCUUGAUUUCGGCCUCUCCAGCGCGGCGGACGGGCUGGAUCCAAAGGGCAAGGCGGCCUGGCCGUUCAAGUUCAACCUGAUCUACAGCGUGACGCUGAAUAGGAGGGAUCUGACGACGAGCUUGGUGGUGACGAAUGAUGAUGAGAGGGCGUUUGAUUGCCAGGUUUUGAUGCAUACUUAUCUCAAGGUUAAGGACAUCACAAACGUUACCAUUUCCGGCCUCGACAGCUCAUCCUAUGUCGACAAGGUUGACGCUGCUUCGACAAAGACACAGUCGGGGGAGAUUAGAAUUGAGGGCGAGACGGACAGGGUGUACACCGCCGAUGGGCCGCUGACUGUGUCCGAGGGCGGCAAGACUCUCUUUACCGUCACGAGGGACAACCUCUCCAACGUGGUUGUGUGGAACCCCUGGGUCGAAAAGGCCAAGGACAUGGGUGAUUUCGAGCCAAAGGAUGGGUACAAGGAGAUGCUCUGUGUUGAGCCAGGGUCGGUAGGCGGCUGGCAGACGCUGGAGAAGGGGGAUGCGUUUGAGGGAGCGCAGACGAUCGCUUUGGGGGCUUGACUGAGGGCUGUUCUCUGAGAGUAGGGAACGAUGAUAUGACCGGAUGUGAUGAUGAAUUCAGCCAUGUGAUUUUCUUUUUGGGAAGACGAUGUGAUGUUCGAUUUCGGUGUGAUUUGGUGUUAUUUCUAAACAAGUAUAAAACACAUUCUAGCAAACUGAUCAUUGUUCAAGAGACAUGGUGCAAGCCAUUGCAAGAUAGGUAAAACAUAAAAUCAAAUUAUAUCAAGCAAAAGACAUGAAACGAU